UCCUCCAUAAGUCAUUCUUACAAUACUGGGUGGUCCCACUUUUAAUCAGCUGCAUUGUUAAAUGUAUUUAUGUCUAACCUUUUUGACACAUAAACACGUGCAGUAUACAAUAUGACCGAAUUAAAGAGGUGUUAAUUCAUCUUGAUUGUUACAAUAUGACUGAAUUAAAGAAGUGUUAAUUCAUCUUGAUUGUUAUUUCUAAGGCCCUAAAUUGGGGUGUAGGUGGUAUGAUGCUUUUUGCAUGUUUAGCAUGUGAGCAUUGCUGUUCACAAUGUGAAGCCCAACUCAAACGCAUACAACACAUAUGAUUUAAGGAAAAUACUCCACCUCAUACACUGAUUUAGUGUUAUUACUAGGCAAAAAGCCAUAUAUUCCUAAAAAAGGCAUCAGGAUAAGUCUGUGGUUGUCUUGUAAGCCAUACUGUACUGUACUGUACGUAUUCUUUGGAUCAGUUACAUAUGGUAAGCAUAUGUAAAGUCAUUACACCAUUAUUCCACAGUAAUCAAAUCAUUCUAAGAUAAAUAAAUAUACGCUUUAAUGUGAUAGCAACAGAUGCAUAUUCUUUACCACAAAGGCAGUCUAUUUAACAUUGUGGGUCUCUAAUGAACCUUAAAAUAGGCCUGUGGUCUACGUAAUUUUCACUCAUCUAAUGAAGGAACUAAAGUUAAACUGUUGGCAGAUGUUUCCAUGUAUGUACCUUCUACUCAUUCACAUACAGCAAUGACAGAUUACAUAGACUUUAGGAGUACCAGAUCUGACAUCAGAUUUAAGUAAAUAUAUGUAUCAAAAUGGAAAGUUUUCGGGUUUAACUGCAUCGUUGAGAGCUUUAUUUUGGCUGUGCCUUAUGUGACACUGGGAUCUGGAAGAUAAAUAGACAAAAGGGACACUUAUUCCUGGCGCCCGGACAAUAACAAGAAAUCUGAGCCAUUCACGGUGCCAUUGACUGGUCAUGUGGUGGAAGGAAAACAUGUCACAGGAAUGACACUAACCAAUAAUGUGAAGGAAUGAAAAGCUGUGCGAGUCAUGUUGCCUGGCUCGGCAGUGCUAUGGCACGCUCCAGACCACUGGUGAUUCAACGCAGGACAGACAGCCGUUGGACACACAAGGUAUUCAACACUUUUAUAGUCCAUGGAGUAGACAUGAUCAAAACCACCACAUUACAUGCACUUGUGUUUUAACAGAUUCAAGGCUUCUGUCUGGCUUCUUUUUUUUUUUUUUUGACACAUUUCCCAACUCAUUUGUCUCAUUUUAUUUUAAACUCAUUGGAAAAAAUGUGAUAUGGCAUAUCCCUACAGAUAUCACAGUGAGGGGUCAGGUGCACAGCACACCUGCUUUUCGUUUGUCCUGGGAGUUUUACACAGCGUGCUUUUUGCACCAUAUCAACGGAAAAAUCUUUCUUACCUCUACUUUCUUACUUCAAGUCUGAAUAGUAAAUAUUUAACGUGUAAUUAGGGUGAGUGCACCUUUCUAUUUGCAGAACCUCAAGAAUUUGAAGUGAAACUAUACAGAGCUGUUAAAAACUGAGGGGUACUUUGGACAGAUGUUGGCCUUGUGCUUUUUCAAUAGCUGAUGCCAAAUUUGAAAGAGCAAAUGGAAAUUUGAUGCAGAUUUUGUUUUCCUGUUGCUCACUGAAAUGGAUUUUUACAUAUUUCUAUAUAUAAAAGGUGCUUCAGUAACUAAUCAGGUGUCGCGUGUGAAGGUCAGUCGUGUAUUGUUUUUGAGAUAACUUGACAUGAUGUCCGCUGACAGCUACGUGCCACUAUAACAACAUAAUGUCCUGCAUUCCAUUAUUAUCAUAGUGGCAAGGGGGAUAAAAAUAGUCUGAGUAAGCUAUGCUGGCCUUCUCAUUCUCUUCGAAGCACUGUGUCCUAACACACCUAAGCCACUUGAGAAAAGUCACUUCUCCUUCCCAUACACAACUUUCAAAAAUUCUGUAACUGAUCCGACCAGCAACAGAUAAACAGAGUCACUGACCCUGUCCGUGACACUGAGAUUACGAUUACAUAACAGGAAGCAGCAAGAAGUGAAUAACACGGCUCAUUCUCAUUCGCAGCAGGCAGAGUUGUUGUCAAAGCAUAGACUGCACUGGUGGAGGGCCUACUUUUAAUCCUGUUGACAAGAGACUAUGUCAGUAUAAUUGAGACACUUCAGAUGCCCUUGGAAUGAAAACAACUGCUACUUACAACCUCCAAGGGAAUAGCUGGAUCUCAGACGAUGGUCGAUAGGGUCCAGCUCCACAUCACUCCACAGCUGCUAUGAGAGAUAUGCACAUUCAUAUGUAAAUCAAGUGCAGAACAAUGCAGCGCAGGCGGACAGGGUGGAGGCUCAUGACAGGACUGGUAACAUGAUGACACACCAAAGGCCAGCUUUCUUCAUCGGAACUGAGUCUAAGAUGAAGUUAUGGGAUGUUUUGGCCACGUGUUUGUUGCUCCUGAACUCUGUCGCUACACGGCCUCUCUACCAAAACACACAGCCAGCCAAGAGGACUUAUUUCCCCAGCAGCUACAGUGAUUCUGCGUCCCUGUCUGUGGAGGACAAAAAGCAAACGUUCCAGCGCAAAGACCACAACCUGCAGGAGAUCUCUAUGGAGGAUCAAUAUGACAUCUCAGGUCCCUAUCCAGAGCAGUUUGAUGAUGUAAUGGAUUUUAUUGAGGCUACUAUUGGCAGACUCCGGAGAUCGUCAGAGCCCAGAGAGGGCUCCAGGGGACGGAAGGAGCAGAGACAGAGGGGAGCAGCAAACACAGGAGGCACGAGAGGCGAGGGGAGAGGACACGACGACAGGAGGCGGGGUCGGGGGCGAGGGGGAAGUCGAGGUGGCAAAGGAGGGCGAGGCGAGAAGGGGAGGGAGAGGAUAAUGGUGCAGACUCGAGGCUGCUUGCUAAAGGAGGUCCACCUCAAUGUGACGGACUUGGGGCUGGGCUACCAGACUAAAGAGGAGCUGAUCUUCCGAUACUGCAGCGGCCCCUGCGUGGAGGCAGAGACCAACUAUGACAAGAUCCUCAAUAACCUCACACACAACAAGAAGCUGGACAAGGACACGCCCUCUCGCACCUGCUGUCGACCAAUCGCUUUCGACGAUGACUUAUCUUUCUUGGACGACAACGUAGUGUAUCACACGCUGAAGAAGCAUUCAGCCAGGAAGUGUGGCUGCGUCUGAGGACGUCAUAUUGGAUGUGACAAGAUAACAGACAUGACCAGCAUCCGUGAACUAAGGAUCACCUUUACAAGCUUGUAUUUCAGAGGGAGGGAUCACAGUUGGAAAUGUGCGUACAAGGUUGAAAAAAGGAAGGGUGCUGUCUCUAAUUUUUGUCAGUAGCUGUCAAAGGAGACACAGGUGAGUGUAUAAGGGCCACCUCUGUGACCUGAAAGACAAUGGAACAGCUGUUAAAAAAGCAAGCCGUUAACUCGGACAGUACCACGCUCAAUCCUUCAGAAGUUCUGACCAGUAUUUGACCGUUAGCCACAUGCAGAACUGUAUGAGAUGUGUACCAGUGUGCAGAAGAAACCACACUGUUACACUUCCAUGUUUGCUAACUGCGUAGUCUAAAAAGGUGAGAGUGAAGAAAACUUCUGACUGACUUGUUUUUCGAGAAGAAUUCACUUUCCCAGGAACAUCUUUUUUUUUUUUUUCCAUAGCUGUCUCCUAAGACUCCAGAUGAAUGCCGAGAUUUGAGGAGUAUAUUCAGCUGCAGUCUAAAUCACUUUCACUGCAUAGUCUGGAUGUUGACAUUUACAUUCAGAGCCAAGGGAUGACAAAUACCACUCCGGAGUUCAGCAAAGACUUUUGGUACAACACAUCCACAUAAAAUCCAGUCAUACAUAUAUAUAUAUAUGUAUAUAUACAGUACAUAUAUAUAUAUACACGUGUGUGUAAGAGGUAUAUUUAUUGAGAUGGAAUUAACUUAUUGUUAUUUAUUUCAAUCCAUUUUAUGAAAGAAAUUGUCGUUUUUUCUUAUUUAUUUAAAAGCUUUGUUCGUUCUGGAGGGUGCCAAAGUGGAGCAUUUUCUCAAGCGAAGUCUAAAGAAAAGAAAAAGUGUUCCAUAACUGUUAAACACUCACCCACACGUCCUAAUAACGCUUACUGCUUCACUUAGAUUCCAGGGUUUCUCAAUUCACGAGUCCAAAAUCAUCAUUAGAGAAGGUACAGAGAUAGAGAGAGACACAGAGGAGGGGACCAAUAGAAGCUUUUCGACUGUCGUUUUAGAGCAUUUUGAGGGAUGGCAGGAUGGAUUUUUUUUAUAUAUACAUAUAUAUUUCACCUCAUUUUCCCCAGUGUGACCAUGCUAAGACAGGAGGGAUUGCUCUCCCUCCUCACAGAGCCUAGAUAUAGACUCCUAAUCUAACUUUCACAUUAUACUGUAUGUUUACAAAGAGGCACAAGACUCUUUGCUGCUGUUCAUUUUCAAGAUAACUGUCAAAUUAUUAAAUCAGAAUAUAUAUAUUUAAUGUCAGAUUUAAUUUAAAUCUCUAAUCAAGAGUAGAGGUCUCUCUGAGGACCUGCAGGUGCCUUUGAGGAUCCAUCCUUUGAGACACAGAGUUCAGAAGCUGCUAGAAUGCCUGCCUAUCAACACACGUUACCUGAAACCUCACUCCGGCCUUGCACCGAGUCUGAGCGAAGGCUUUGCAGCGGUUGCUGUCCUAAUAAGCUUUAAAGUUCACAGGACUGCCUGUGUUUGCGUCUCGACUCUGACAGACAGGUCUUACUCCCUGAAAGGAGAUUUGAAAGUGAUCCUCUAACAUGAGUCUUAACCAAAUAUCCCCGUUGGCAAAGGCUUUUUGGUGAAGGCAGUUUAAGGAACAUCUAGCUACUGUAGCGGCUGUCAUCGCCUACUGAAGUAAAUAUCCCAAGACUAGACGUUUGGACAAAAGGAUAUGUUUUGGAAUUACAGAGGUAAGGCAAUGGGUAGGCUCCACAUGCUUACUACGUGUGAUAACUUGUCCAGCUGAGUUUAUUCCCAAACAAUACGGAAAUGUACAUCCAUUUAAAAAAGCAUGUUGCUGUGCCCACCGAGACCCUGCGAGGGGAUCGUUCUAAGUGGAACAAAGAGAGCCCUCGGGUAGGUCUUGAUGUUAGCAUGGAUUAGGGACCAAGGUAUCUGUGCCCACCCAGCAGCAAGCAAGCAAGCAAGCCAGCUUUACUGUGUAAUCCCCCUGCACACAGAACAAAUCCACUGCAUCAAGCUGAAUUUAGGCCAAACACUACACAGAGAAGAAGAAAAAAAAAAAUAGCUUUUAUCAGAGCAUACCUCAUCAAUUGGAUCAUCUUCCCCUUUAACAACUGAUUCGUGCGUAAGCCUUUCCAGAUGAGAAUGUGCAGUUAGGAGACUUCCCAGAAGCCUCAGAGCGCCUCGCCACUCUUCGAUACCAUACAUUAAUGUGUGUAAACUGUGACCACUAGCCCUCUCAUCUUCAUGACUGUUUGCUCAACUGUUCCUUGGCGAUAAGUCCUCUGGGUUUUUUUUUUUUUUUUAAUGCAAAGGUAAACAAGCAAAAGGUAAAAGGUGCAAAGGAAUCCUCAGUGUUAAUAUUUGAAGAAAGGUUUGGAUUCAUUUUCACUCCUCGUUGUGUUAACACCUCUGUGAAAAAAAAAAAAAACAACCUGUCAUGUCGUCUCACUUGUUUCGUGUUACAGAACCAAAGCUCUCAGCAAACUUUAUUUUUGUACAAUAUUCAUUUUAUAACUUUUUACAGAAUUAAACUUGUUUCUAUCAAAACGA